AUGGCCACCUACGGCAUGGCUGAGGCUUUUGGUUGUUUGGCUAUGGCUGAUGGGAAUACUGGGUCUCAUAUUACACCGGUAAGUAGGGUGCUAAGACUGGUUAUCAGCAACACUCUUGGAAGAUAUACCUACGACUUUGAUCUUCAGGGCUCCUGUGGUCGUCGCCAGCAGCAUGCAACUUUCAAGGCCAGUGGGUAUAUUUCUGAGAACCCCGACGUGAUGAAAAAUGCCUUUGACUCGGAAGGGUUCUACCGAACCGGAGGCAUCGGGAAACUCGAAAACGACAUCAUCUAUAUCCUAGGACGAGCAUCCCAAGAUGUAAUUCGCUUCGAAUGCUGGGAAAUCUACGCACCCGAAGUCGAAGUAGAACUCUCCCUCGUUCCCCAUCCUCCAAACCAUCGUCCUCGGCGUGUCAUACCCAAAAUCCACCGACGAGUCGCAGUCUUACUCACCCUCAAAGAUCAGAGCACCAUAUCACAGAAACUGGACAUUGGCUCUCUGCAUCAGUGGCUGUUCAAUGACCGGAAACUAAACAAGUACAGACGACCAACUGUUGUGCGGAUCCUGUGGCCUGGUGAGGUCGUUCCAGUGACUGCUUGGAACAAGCCGGUUAAGGGGAAGAUUAGGGAGGCGGGGGUGUUGAGGUUUGGGAUCUUGGUGUUGAGGAAGGGUUCUGAGGAGAGGCCGUUUCAUUGGGCUAGGAUUCAGGCUGAUUGA